AUGCGCGGUGGUGCGAGGUGUAGUGCCUCUCUCCGCCAACUACGGCUUUCCCGGCCGUUGGCGGAUGGCGGCCGGUAUGCGAGGGCCCUUCGGACGAGCGCGGCGCCACAGGCGUUGAAGUCGCUGCCAUAUUGCCGCACGCAACGGUCAGGACUUGCGAUCCAGGGCGCCAGUUUGUCGACGUCGUGCGCCAAUCGAUCUCGGUCAAUGGCUACAGUUGUCGAUGCGGACCCCAUUGUCCACGACGGAGGUCCAAUUCCAGAGUACGAUCGGCGAGUGGAAGUGGGCAAGUUGCGAAACGACGAACAUCAAAGAGGUAUCAUUCAGAAUCUUCAGAAUCUCCACGGGGAACUGCGCCAUUAUAACGCCCCGCCUGUCAAGCACCCAAGCAUCGAAUCUCUCAAGCCCGAGCCCAAGAAGUCUGUAUUCUCGUCGCUCUUUAGCAAGGGCCCAAGCAAGACCGCUAUUGGAGAUAUCCCCAACAACCUUCCCCGAGGCUUGUAUCUGUAUGGCGAUGUCGGAUGCGGCAAGACCAUGUUGAUGGACCUGUUUUAUGAGACCUUGCCCGCAUCUGUGAAAACGAAAACCCGCAUCCACUUCAACAACUUCAUGCAAGAUGUGCACAAGAGGUUGCACCGCAUCAAGAUGGAGCAUGGCAACGACAUCGACGCCGUGCCAUAUAUCACAGCUGAAAUUGCUCAGCAGGGUAACGUGCUUUGCUUUGACGAGUUUCAGUGCACAGAUGUGGCAGAUGCCAUGAUUCUGCGAAGGCAAGCACUAUUGGAAUCCCUCAUGUCUCAUGGUGUAGUGUUGGUGACAACAUCCAACAGACACCCUGACGAGCUGUACAAGAACGGUGUCCAGCGAGAGUCUUUCAUCCCCGCCAUUGAUCUCCUUAAGAACCGCCUACAUGUCAUCAACCUCGAUUCGCCAACCGAUUACCGUAAAAUCCCCCGACCACCCUCCGACGUGUAUCAUACGUCUCUCGACAGCCACGCUCACGCCCAUGCGGAGAAGUGGUUCCGAUUCCUUGGUGACCCUGAGCAGCCUGAGCCUCGACCAGAAAUCCAGAAGGUCUGGGGCCGCGAGAUCUAUGUUCCCCGAGUCAGUGGGCGAGCAGCCUGGUUCACCUUUGACGAGCUCAUUCGACAACCAAAGUCAGCUGCCGACUACCUCGAACUGGUCCGCGCCUACGAGGCUUUCAUCGUCACUGAUAUUCCCGCAAUGAAUCAUCAGCAACGUGAUCUUGCCCGUCGAUUCAUCACAUUCAUCGAUGUCAUAUACGAGGGUAACGCUAAGCUGGUCCUAACCACCGAGAAGCCCCUUACUGAGCUCUUUGUUUCCCGGGACGAAAUCGCCGAGAGCCUUAUGAAGCAGGGCUUGAAACACGACCAGGCUGCAGAGGCCGCCAAGAACGACUUGGAACACAAUGUGGACAACCUCAAGGACUCGAAUCUCUUUGCUGGAUCAGAAGAAGCCUUUGCCUUUGCCAGAGCGCUGAGUCGACUGCGGCACAUGGAGAGCAAGGAGUGGGUGGAAAGGGGCAUGGGUCUCGAGAGCCAGGGUGGCAAGCAGGAGCAAGACAACUGGAAUAAGACGAGGAGUCGACAGAUGGAGGAUUCGAUGUAAAAGGAGGAUUUGGUUUGUGACAUAUGCAUUAUACCCGGAGCGCUGACUCGGCAUAGCGAGCGUCUGCCUGGUUUGUAUGAAUUACCUAUGAGUUGAUGCUUGUUGGAUACAACGUGUAUGAAAUAGAUACUACAAGUUGGUUGAGUACAU